AUGAAGGUUUACACCUUAUCCUGCCUGCUGCUCCUCAGCACUCUCUCUCUCACACUGGCAGUGGCAGCACAGCCUGACGCCGGCAGCCUCGAUGGAGCCACGGUAGCCGUGCAAGAGCUCGACCGUGUCCUGUCGCUGCCCGGGCAGCCGAGCUACUCGUCUGCAUCCAAGCAGUACGCUGGGUACGUCACGACCGAUGAGUACCUAGGCAAGGCACUGUUCUAUUGGUUCUUCGAGGCCACGGCCAAGCCUGAGGAGAAGCCACUGGUCCUGUGGCUGAACGGAGGGCCUGGCUGUUCUUCCAUUGGGUUUGGACAGUCACAAGAACUUGGGCCAUUCCUGGUGAAGAAAGAUGUUACUGAGCUUGAGCUCAACCCGUAUGCUUGGAAUCAAGCUGCCAAUCUGCUGUUCCUGGACUCUCCAGCAGGCGUUGGAUUUUCGUACACAAACACGUCCUUUGAAGAGGAUCCGCCGGGAGACAAUUCCACAGCACACGGUUCAUACACUUUCCUCGUCAGGUGGUUCCAGAGGUUCCCCCAGCACAAAGCCAAGGAGUUCUACAUCGCUGGAGAGAGCUACGCCGGACAUUACGUUCCCCAGCUUGCAAACGUCAUUCUGGAGGAGAACAAGAAGGCCUCCAAAGAAAAUUACAUCAACUUCAAAGGCAUCUUGAUUGGAAACGCGUACAUGGACGGGGACACUGAUCUGGUGGGGAUCUUCGACUCGUUGUGGCAUCACGCCAUCAUCUCCGACAAAUUCUACAGCGACGUCCAGAAGAACUGCGACUUCAGCCUGGUCGACCUGUCUCCGGAGUGCAACGCGGACAUCGACCAGUACACCGCGCUCUACAAGAUCAUCGACAUCUACAGCCUGUACACCGAUCGGUGCGAUCUCGGGUACCCGGAUUUCAACUACUCGAUCUCGGCGCAAAUCGGGGGUACCAGCAGCGGCCGUACGUACGCGACUGAAUAUUUCAACCGCAAGGACGUGCAGAAGGCGCUGCACGCAAAUGUCACUGGCGUGCCUUAUCCCUAUUCGCUUUGCCGCAAUUCGAUCAGCAACGCAUGGAAAGAUUCUGACUUGACAGUCGUUCCAGUAGUCAAGAAGCUGGUGGAGGCAGGGCUCCGGAUAUGGAUUUUCAGCGGCGACACAGACGCAAGAAUCCCUACCACGUCAACCCGGUAUACGCUGAAGAAGCUUGGCUUGCCCAUCAAAGAGGACUGGUCGCCGUGGUUCCAUCGCAAGCAGGUUGGCGGCUGGACUGUGGUGUACGAUGGCCUGACAUUUGUCACCGUGAGAGGAGCCGGGCACAUGGUUCCGUCCACGCAGCCGGUGCAAGCGCUUGAGCUGUUCAAGCACUUCCUGGCCAACACGAACCUGCCCUCCAAGCCCUUCUAG